AAGCCAAUUUUAUUCCAGUGGAAAACCCCUGCAGCACGGGGAACCCCCAACCUUGUCGGCGAACGUGCUAACAACUAAGCCACCGUGUGCCCGGCAUAUAAUGAUCCAAUCUUCCCAUCACUGCCACUGAAACACUACAAAUCCCAGGAUCCUCUUGGGUAACCGUGAUUUCCGGGUUUGGUGUUGCCGUGGGAAGGCGUGUGCCGCGGAGACUAGUUGGAAAUGACGGGAGCUGAAACCGGAUUCCUAAUCACAUAUCCAAACAAAACCACCGGGGCAUAAGGCACAGAGCUUCGACACUGCAAUUUAGGGUUGGGCUCGAUGGAGGUGAUCAGGAGCGCAGUGACUCCGCGUGCGCCGGCGCCGGUGAAGCGUGUGUCCGAGGUGGACUUCCGAUCAGGCACGGCGCUUGAGCAGCUGGCCUCGCACGUGCAGGAGCUCGUGCAGCUUGAGCAAGGCGAGUUUGGGGACCAGACUGCACUUGAGGUGCACACGGCCAAAGACUUCAUCUUCAACAUGCUGGGCCUGGUUCAGAAGGUGGACAAGAGGCUCCCGGUUGCAAAUGAAUACCUGCUAUUGUCAGGUGGUGCCAGGGAGGGUGUUCUUGAUCUGAACCCAGAGGAGCUGGGUGACUAUGUCAGAGGUGUGGAUUUUGACCUGGACUUCACCCUUCUGGUGCCUGCCCUUAAACUGCAUGACCGCAACCAGCCUGUAACUCUGGACAUGCGCCAGUCUCCGCCGUGCCACUCCUGGCUCAGCUUGCGGCUUUGCGACCCAGCCAUGCUAGCCCGAUGGGGUAUCUGCUGCGAAGACGAACCGAACAUUCAGCGGCAGGAAAAUGGUGAAGAGGAAGAAGGCGGUUCCAUAUUGGGCUCGAUUCCCUCCCUCCAAUCUCCACAGUCCUUGGAUGGAUGUUACUUCUCACCCCUGCUGGUCACGGAGUGGUUCUGGAACGUAGUGGGCACAGCGGUGGAGGAGCUAAAGCGACACCCACAAAGAGGGAUUCCAGUUCCUGAUCGUGUGGAACGCAAUGGACCUUUGACCACGCUGAUCCUUAAAGCAGGCACCAGCCGUGUCCUCUAUGAUCUCUUGCCCGUUGUGUCGUUUCGAGGCUGGCCAGCUGUAGCUCAAAGCUGGCUUACUACAAACCACUUCUGGGAUGGAAAGAUCACUGAGGAGGAGGCAAUUAGUGGGUUUUAUCUCUUGCCUUGCUGCUCCCCAACUGCUGGCUCGGCUUCCAGACCAGACCGUGAAUGGAGACUUGCCUUUUCUCGGAGCGAGGUCCAGUUGAAGAAGUGUGUGCCUUUUCCUAUGGCCGCAGCCUUCCAGGCAGCCAAAGCUGUUGUGUCCAGACUGUUGGCACGCCCUCGUACAGGUCUUAGCCUUUACCACCUGCGCACCCUACUUUUCUGGGCUUGUGACCGCUUACCUGCAGCCUAUUUGAGCUGUUCAGAGCAAGAGACACCAGCCCGCCUGUUCCUGGGUCUCCUGGAUGACCUGGCACACUGUGUGCUUGGUAAAAACUGCCCCAAUUAUUUCCUCCCUCAGUACAACAUGUUGGAACAUCUUACUGAUAACGCAGCCCUACUGGUGGCCCGGAAACUAGCCCACUUGCGCUCGGAUCCAGCUGAACAUUUGCGUGCGGCACUGGAGCAAGCUCGGCAGGCAUGCCAGCUGAAACGGGAAGCUGCUGGGACGAGUAAUGGGCACGGAGCAUCAUCGCCAAGCUCCGGCCCUUCCAAAGCCACCUCCCCGCAAGAUGACCGUCUAGCCCAGAGACUGCAGCAGCUGGUUACGGAAAACCCUGGCAAGUCUAUUUCGGUCUUCCUCAACCCAGACGACGUGACAAGACCGCACUUCCGCAUUGAUGAUAAGUUCUACUGAAAUGGUGGAGCCCCAGCAAGAGCACUACACACUGCCUGAGGAAAAAGCAAUGCCCCUCCUUCUUCCUUAGCUACUGAGGCUGGGCACAAUCAGCGAUGUAUUUUGGCCAACGCUACAGUCUACAAGCCAGCUCUGCGAAAUAUGAUUAAGCUGCUACUAGAGAGACCAUCUGUCCCAAAUCAAGUCUGCUGUCAGCUACAUGGCCGUGCUACCAAAAGAAAUCCAAAUCACCAAAUGGAGGAAGGCACAAGAGCGGCUUUUUUUGGAUCUUGCGUGCCAUUUGAUGAGAGGCCUUGAAGCUGUACUGCUCAGUGAAAUCUUAAUCCUGCAACCUGAAUUGGAUUAUAAUAUCUUGCACAUCUUGAAACAAUAGUUCAGUUAAGGGAUUUUAAAUCCUGCAACAUACUGCUGAGGAUCUUUUUUUUUUUUUUUUUUUUUAAAUUCUGUUAUACACUGGUAAGCAGGAAGGUGGGCAAUGAUCUAAGCCAAGGUACAUUUCAAAGCACUGGAUGUUGAAUGUCUUUAUUGCGAAGGAGUAUAUGAUGGACUUUAACACUGAAUAUGAUUUUCUCCACUCCUCUACUUUAUCUCUUACUCAUCUCGUUCUCUUUCUCAGGUACUUUUUGUUGCGAAGAUGAAGGCAUUUCCAGUGUGUAUGGUAUUGCCUCUGUGCCUCCUACUAUUUUAUGUGUCUCAAAUGACCGACAACAGUUGAAAGACAGCCUUAGGGCUUGGAAAUCAUGAUGGCUAGGUAAUAAGAGAGAGGUUGAGAUAAAGGUCUAGCGACUCUCCAGUGCAUUACUUUAAGUCAGCCUGUCUUACACAAGACUAGACUGAGCCCCAUGACUGCACUAAAGCUAUAUUUAGGAACAGCCACGGGUCUGAAUCUUUUCAGAACUUGAGAUUUUUACAACAGAAUAAGGACUUCGGUGCAUUACUGACACUUUUUUUGUUGUUUACUUGCAUUCAAUACAUUUUAAUCAAGAGCAAAAUUCUGCCCGUGGCACAAAUCAAGAAGCUCUAAACCCGACUACUCUGAUGAAGAAACGUCAAUACGUCUGCCUGUCAAAAUAUUAUUUCAUUAAAUUUAAUAACGUGUCCUACGAUUGUGUUUGAUGAUGUUUGAUGGUUUAGCUUUUGACCUUGAUUUGCUGAUUUGCUCUCAACUUGGUGCUUGAUUAUACUGUAAUCUCUACAAUAUGGAUAUACGAUCGUACAUUUCUUGCUCAUAUUUUUUUGUUUGCUACCAAAACGGUGUGUAUGUUUGUGUGAGAGUGCAAGAAAGCUCGUAAAUACAGAAGCUCCUGUUAAAUAUGUUUUGAAUUACUCUGUAAAAUUUGUUUUGUUUCAUCAUCUCAGCUCAUUAUGAUAAUAGCGAGAGAGGGUGAUAAUAGUGUGCAAGCGUGCUCCAAAAGAUCUGCAGAGAAAUUUUGUUUGUGUGCGUGGUAUCAGGUCAGAUCUUUGCUUCACAGAUGUGCUGCGGUUGCUCUGGGAUGGAUGGAGGGAUGUAGUGAGAGCCUGCAGCAGUCUCCACUGGCAGAUUAGCCAGAAGUGAUGGAGCACCUGGGAGUUCAGACAGCUGCGUCUCUCUCUCUCUCGCUCCCUCGCUCUUGUCAUGUCUGACUCAUCCUCUUUUCUAUCUUUUAUCCAGCUCCCUCCAUCAUAGCACAGUUUUUCUUUAGUUCCGAGUUCGACACAUCCCAAAAUGUAUCCAGAAAGCAGAAGUCUUGAACGAUGUGUGCUGUAAAACAGGCUUGUUGUGAUUGUCUUCUCUUUUUUUUCUUUUUUGAAUAGCUGUAAAUUGCUUGUACGUGUGAUAGAUUUGAUAGGUUGAUGUCAUAUGCACUUGAGAGAUGAUGGGAUAGACUGAAAGCGCACGAGUGUCAUAUACACUAAAAAAAAACAAGCCAAAGGAUGAAUUUAGAUCAUGCUCGGAUACUGCAGAACGUAACGGAUGUAAUGUGUUGCUUUAAACAUACUCUUUUAAAUAGGCUUGAACCAUGUACACUAUUUAUAUAAGUGUUUUAAAUAAUUUCAGAGCGUUAACAUAUGUGUGUUCUUCGAAUCUGAUCACUGUACCAUACAAUGCCUAAUGUAUGAACAAUCGUCCUAUGCAAUUUCGCUGUGUGUGUCGGGAGCAUAUCUGUUUUAGUGAAAUAUGAGCCCUUGCCCUGGCUGCGGUAAUCAACAAGAACAUUUCAAUACAGAGGAAAAUGAUCGCAGUGGCACAAAUCGAACAGUUUCUGCCUCAGGGGAUGACAGGAUGUUCUAAUAGCCACAAUUUGGAUGUGAUAACUUUUACAAAAACCAAAGCAUAGAACCAUCGCUACUUUCCCUUGUAUUUGCAGUCAUUUCGAGUUUACGAAGCAGGGCUGUAAUUUUAUCAUACAGGCAGUUAUUAAAGUGAAUUUACAGAGCUGUGGUUGUAAUGUGAGGGAGUGAACAACGAUAACGAAUGUAUACUCGUUUUAUGUUCAAAAUUACUUUUUCAUUUCAAUGAAUCCAGAUCGGAAACAAGACUAAAAUGAAAUUGUGCAGUGAUAUGUAAAGGAGUUUAUAUUAUGUAUAUUUCUUGUACCAAAUGAUUUACUGGUUUGUGUGUGUAUGUGUUUUGCUGUAAUGCACUAAAGGCAUUUUGGUUGUUUUAUUAUUUAUCAUUUGAAUCAUGUGCGAUGCUGUUAAUCGUAGCAUGAAAUAAACAUCAUUACAUCAUGAAAAGAGCGUGUGGACAGUGUUAUCACACCAUAACAUCAUUUUACUGUGCGUCCGCAGUUUUUAAAAAUGGGGUCCGGGCACCACCAGGUGUCCAUGACAUUUUUAUUUUGUUUGAUAAUGGAUAAUGAUGGGAUAAGGGUGAGUUGUGAUUUCCAAAACUAUUAUAUCUCCACUACCUAUUAAGCCUGUAAGUCUAAUAUUUGAUUAGUUUGAUGGUGUUUGUUAAAAUAAAUCUGUUGCUAAGGGGAAACUGGGUAUUAUUUAAAGGCGUUCUUACCUUCAAAAAGCUUGAGAACCUUUGGUGUACAUGACCUGUUGUUGUUGUUGUUAUCACUUAUGGACCUUUUUACUCUUUUUUUUUUUUUUCUUCUUUUUUCUUCCUUAAUAUCGUACCUGUGCUGAUUUUUAUACAGGAUAAAAUAGAAACUGGGAUUAAAUGCUGCUGCAGUGCCAUAUCAGGCCAAGAGGGGAUGCUGUGGUACAGCACAUUACAGUCUCUGUACCGCAGCUUUGCUUUAAUCAGAUAACCAGGCUGGUGAUAAAAGCAUAAACUGUGGACUGUGGUUUUACAUUACGCAUUCUCCAGGCACAUCUUUGUACAAUACCUACCUCACGUGAAAUACAUUAGUGUAUCUUUCUCAUCAACACCUAUAUCACACACACACACCUAAAUUGCCUGUACAGUCCAGCUCAGAGUUACCAGAUUGCAGAUAGUCAAUUUUCACAGCCAAAGAGUAAAUAAGCACAAACUAAAUGAGAGAAUGGCAGCUGACUGAGACAUGUACCAGUACUUAAGAGAGGCAAGAAGAGGUGUUGGACUUACUGGUUUACAACUAGAGACACACACACACACAUACACACACACACACAUACAUAUAUCCUUGCAGACUGGCACACGUUAGCAUAAGGGGGACACAGAUCAUUUGAUGCAUGGGACCUCUUGCAUUGUCAUUCAGCACCAUGGCUACUCCAGCACUGCUAUUACAUGACAUUUUCGUCCUUAC